AGAAAUAAAAAGGAGAGCUGCCUGUAAAAGCUAUAGAUAAGUGAUCAUUGGUGAGAGCACAGGAAGGCUGCCAGGAAAAGAAAGGAUCUGCAAACCAAGGAUGGUCAGGACACUCCUGCUAUGUGUCACUCUCUCAGUUCUCUCCCUUCCAUCUACAAGAACAGAGGCCUUUUUUAGAGAGUAUCACCAUGUGAAGGCCCUGAAGACAUGGGAGGAAGCCCAGCAGGCCUGCAGACAGCUGUACUCUGACCUGGCCACAGUGGCCAGUCCUGCUGAGAGCACCAGGCUGUUGGGGGCGGUCCAGGAGCCUGGAGAACUGGCAUGGAUCGGGCUUUAUGACAACAUGGCCAAGUGGAAGUGGACGAUGGGACAUCCAGACUUUGACAGCAACAUUGACUAUCACAACUGGCAGUUCGAUAACCCUAAAUAUAAAGGUACCAAAGACACCUGUGGGACGAUAAGGUACAACGGACUUUGGCGUGAUGAAAUCUGCGACACAGAGCGUCCUUUUGUCUGCUACCAUGGACAAGGCCCUUCACAGUUCAUUUUUGUGAAUACAUUGAUGACUUGGGACAUGGCUAAAACCCACUGCAGGUCUCUGUACACCGACCUUGCUAGAGUCAACAACGUGUCUGAGAAUGAACAAAUCUUCGCUCUGCUGCCGCGAAAUGCCUGGAUUGGCCUCCACAGACGCCCCUGGUCUCCCUGGUCAGAUCAGACCGCUGCUAACUUCACAAACUGGGAGGUUGACCAGCUUGUCAAUUUGGACAACACCCUUGUUUCAUGUGGUGCGGUCAACACCACCACAGGGCUGUGGUUUAAUGUCAGCUGUGCAGAGAAACACAACUUCAUCUGUCAAAAAUUGAUUCCGCCUAGAAGCAGAGUGAGGCUGAGGUUCCAGUCUGGAGCUGACCUGACUGACCCGGAGAUUCAACUGCAGAUUUUAGAGCAGCUGCAAGCAAAGCUGAAGACUGACAGUUCAACCGACUACCAACUUCGCUGGAUUACGAGGGACGGUCAGAUCUUUCACAAGGACAGGAACGAGGGGCAGGAAACUGAGCUGAUCGGCGGACGUCGAUGAGAUUCUCCCUGAACCUGCAGACUCAGCUGAUGGAGCAGCCGCUGGCUUUUCUGAAAGCAAUAUUUAGGACAUCAGACAAUAGCUCUGAAACACUGAAUGUUGUGCAGGAAUGGAAACUGUUGGUGUUUUCUUCUAGUAAGCUCCUCUGUCAAUGUUUAUCUGGGAUUGUUUGACUGUAUCCAUCAUUGUCGGAAGUUUUAGUAGAAAAGGAACCUAAAUGACAUGUUUACAUUUUUCUGAUUUAUUAAAAAGAAAAUAUCUCAUUUUAGAGGGAAAAACAUCCUUUCUUGUAACAAAUUGUGUGUUGGGAAACUCAUUAAAAAAGUGUGGUUCUAUAAAAACAC